AUGGCGCAAGCCGACGGUGCCCAUUCCAUCACGGCCGAUGAGAUCGCCCUUUAUGACCGCCAGAUACGGCUCUGGGGCGUGAAAGCCCAGGAAAAAAUACGAACAGCAAAUAUAUUGCUUGUCACGCUGAAAGGAAUUGGAAAUGAAAUCGCCAAAAACCUUGUCUUGGCGGGAGUGGGAUCCCUAACAAUCCUUGACGAUGCGACUGUUCGCGAAGAAGAUCUUGGUGCACAGUUCUUCAUUUCCGAAGAUAAUGUUGGGCAAAAACGUGCAGAAGCGGCGGCCCCUCAAAUAAAACAAAUGAACCCGCGAGUGCAGCUUCAUGUUGAUACUUCAGAUGCAAAGACAAAGCCUCCUGAAUUCUUUGCUGCCUUCGAAAUUACAAUUGCCACAGAUCUUGAUUUUGAGACUUUCUCCAGAAUUAAUGAAGCAUGUCGAAAGGCGAACCGGCCUUCAUAUAUGGCGGGCGUACAUGGCUUUUACGGCUUCAUCUUCGCGGACUUAAUAGAGCAUGAUUUUGUAAUCGAACGCGAAAAGUCCAACGUCCCUUCACGUACUCACGAGACUAUGACCCGUACGAUUCUGCAUAUAGCCACGAAGGUGGAAAACGAAAAGCUUAUUGAGAUGGUAACCAAGCGAGAGACAUACACCCCUCUUAUUGAGGCAAAUAGUUCACCCUUGCCGGAAGAGUUCACAAAGGUCCCCCGGAAACGCAAGCAGGUCACCCCUCUUCUCACUUGCCUGCGAGCUCUAUGGGAUUUUCAACGGCAAAAUGGCGGUGCCUAUCCUUCGUUCUCACGAGAAGAUCUAGAGAGAUUCACUAUCCUAUCCAACGAACAUCAUCUCCAGCUUAAACUCGAUCCUUCAACCCUCACCGCGGAGUUUCUGCGCAGUUUCCUCCAAAACGUGGGCAGCGAAAUCAAUCCAGUGGUUGCCUUUCUGGGUGGGCAUCUAGCCCAGGAUGCAAUCAACGUGCUGAGUGCCCGUGAACAGCCGCUGCAGAAUUUUCUCCUGUUCGACGGCGAGCGGAAUAUUUCUCCAAUCUAUUCUCUGCACCCUGUUAACAAUAGUGGAUCGUGA